AAGUGCUCGCGCGUUUGUUUCGAGUUUGAUUUUUAAAAAUUGACAGUGACAGAUCAUUCGAUUCAACAAUUAAAUAGGUGACAUUAUUUUCGUAACUGAGAAGGUUUAUAACAGAUUAAAGUGAGCAAUUUGUAUGCACAAAAUUGGAGACAGGUAGUUAAAAUUAACAACACAGGUUUGUUGUGUAACGUUAGAAAAUUUAACGUUUCGAUUCGUCGAAAACGCUUGUUAGUGUUGUGAUCGGGUUUCUUAAGAAAGUGUUAUGAUUCAGUGUUUAUGGAGAUGCGCGAGCGCGUGUGCAAUCGAUUUUUAGUGUUUAGUGUUCGUUAGCAAGAGCAAUGAGUGUUCCUAAUUUGAGCGCCGACCAAAUUACAGAAAUCGAAGCCGCCGAAGCUUGCAAAUGGCUGCGAGCAGCUGGUUUCCCCCAAUAUGCGCAGAUGUACGAAGACCUCCAAUUCCCCAUCGACGUCUCAGGUGUUCAAAACGACCACCCCUUCCUAGAUGCAGACUCUCUGCAAUCACUCUUCAGGCGCCUAACUGCACUCAACAGAUGCGCCAAUAUGAAAUUGGAGCAUCAUCACCAUCAAAAGAGAUCGAACGACUCUGACGAUGAGCAAUGUGCGCUUAGUGAUAAGUGGCAAUACGAGAGAAAGUCGAGAAGAUGGUCAAGAGUCGUCGAAAUCACACCACAAGCGCAGAGAAGACUACAGGUUAUCGCAGCUCGUGCACUAGCGGAAAGAGAAGCCAGAGAAGCAAGAGGCGAAAUUGAAGAUGACGAAGAUGAAACGCUUCCUACAAUUAGAGUGGGUCUGGUAGAUGCCGAUGGACAUUAUACGGAUGUUGAACCGGAUCUAUUAACAGUUCCUGGUCAAACACAUAUACAGUUACCAAGCGAUAAAGAAGAUGACGAUGAUACAGGCACAAGAUUCCGGCGGACGGGCUCAGAAAGGUUGCGGGACGGGGCAAAAGCCUUACUUCGACGAGUCGAAUCGCUUAAGACGAGAAGAAGAAAACGCCAGAACAGAACAGAAGUUAUUGUAUCGUCACCGCAUUUCUUAGAUGCCCAAGACAAAUAUCCAGAUCUAAACUACAUAGAUAUGACACCGACGACUCCGUCAGCCUUUCCGUUCCCUGACUUCCAUAGUUCUCCGUUACAUGCACCAGCAAUAAGAACCCAACCCCCUUCUCCUAUGACUAUCAUGCCGCCAUCGCCAAUAGCUCCUCUUGAACAAUCCUUUAUUUUACACACACCCUUUGGAGACGACAGCUCAAGUUACGCUUCAGAUGGCAGUAUGGGAUCUAGCAAUAAAAGUUCUAAGUCAAAAUUAGGUAGAGCAAAAAAAAUAUUUCACAGAGGGCUGAAGGGUGAUGAUUCGAGUGCCCUGAGUGAUUCUGAAUGUCAACCGGCUAGCUGGAGGCAUAAUUAUUAUAAGGAUCAAAAUACGCAUCAUACGACAGAGGUAUACGUAGAGCCAUCGUCACCAAUGGACCUUAAGCCUGAUCCAGAAAUUCUGCGGGAGGUUCAAAAGUCACCAGGGCACACACCACACCGGCGACAAGCGAUCAGAACAAGUUCUCUGAAUUUGGGAAAAGAUGGCCAAAAUUUUUCCACGUACAGAUUUCGCGAUAGAAGUUUGAAAAGGGACAAGUCAGCAUCAAGAAGUUCAGAGAUGGACAGCAGCCCCAACUCAGCUGGGUCCAGGUCACAGGAUGGCGACCAGGAUGAUGACGAUGACAGCAUCGACAUAAAAUCUAAAAAAAACAAUAUACAAAGGUGGUAUUCAUUUAGAACGAAUACGCUCAACGGUGGACCGAAAGCGAACAACACGCUGCAGCCGGCACCAAAUCAGAAAAACCCUGAGGCCUAUUUAUCAAGACCUAUGUCAUCUCUAUCCUGCGGCCAGUUGCACAUAUUACGGAAACUCGCAUUGCUACGCCUGACAGCUUGUAUGGAACGGUACUGUCCAUCUCACAAGUCCGGGUGGAAUUGGGAACUACCCAAGCUAAUAAGGAAAAUUAAGACACCGGACUACAAAGACAAAACAGUAUUCGCAGUCCCUCUUACGGUGUCGCUGCAGAGGACGGGGCAUUGUCUACCAAAGCCGAUUCAGUGUGCCCUUAAUUGGUUGAAACACAAUGCUAUGGAUCAGAUGGGUAUAUUCCGGAAGGCGGGUGUGAAGUCCCGGAUAGCGAAACUCAGAACGAUGGUAGAAUCCGCCGGUUCAGCUAACGCCGCAUUUGCCAUAGAGAAUAUGAACACCACAGACCCAACACAUUCCAGCCUAAACUUCGAAGGUGCGCAAGCGCAUGACGUUGCAGAUAUGGUCAAACAGUACUUCAGAGAGUUGCCUGAUGCCCUAUUAACUAAUAAAUUGAGUGAAACCUUCAUCGCUAUAUUUCAACAUGUUCCAGAACCGUUAAGGCCUGACGCAGUACAAUGCGCGUUGCUUUUGUUACCCGAGGAACAUCUCGAAGCGCUUCAAUCAUUACUUAUGUUUUUGGCUGAGGUGGCAGAACAUUCCGCUGUUAACCAAAUGACAGCAUCAAAUCUGGCUGUGUGUUUUGCGCCAACUCUUUUACGGCUACAUCAUACUAUUCCUCACACUGGCAGCACCAAAGAAGGCAACUCGAAUAGGAUGAUAAUAGAGAGUGUAGCAGAUCAACGCCAGAUUAGUGAGAGCAGAGCAGCUCACGCCUGUCUGCUGCUUCUCAUACAGAAGCAUCAGCAGCUGUUCCUAGCACCUGCUGAUAUGCUUGCUAGGUGCAAGUUCAACUACUUUGAGGAAAGCGUACCAGUCGCCUUAGAAGAAUUAGGUGCAGAUUUCAAUCAAGACUGGAAAGGUUUCCAGCAAGCCUGUAUUAAGGCGCUAUUAAAAGAAGCCAAAGAAAAAACGCGUGGUUGGAUGUCAGUAUCGGGGGCUGCAGCUCACGUGGAGCUGUGCUGCAAGAAAGUUGGUGAUGGACAUCCGCUGAGACUCUGGAGGGCCACUACUGAUGUUGAAGCGCCGCCUCAGGAGGUUAUGCAGAGAAUACUCCGAGAGCGGCAUAUUUGGGACGAUUCACUGAUCAAGUGGAGAGUCGCUGAGAAAUUAGGGCCCACUGCAGAGAUUUUUCAGUUCAUCACUGCUUCCACUUUCAACUUACCACCGAGGGACUAUUGUGUUUUGAGAUCGUGGCAGCAAGGCGGGGGCGGCGGCGGAUGGUGCGCCGUGGCAGAGACCUCUGUGGCCCACGGGGCUGCUCCCACCGAAGGCUCUAGAGGUGUCGUCCUGGCCUCAAGGUACUUAGCCCAACCCGCAGGCAAGGGGCGAAGUCGCCUUGUGCAUUUGGCUAGGGUUGAUACUAUGGGCAGAACACCAGAAUGGUACAACAAAUGCUACGGCCAUAUUUGUGCUCUGUACUUAGCUCGUAUUCGAGCCUCAUUCAAGCAUAAUACAGAAGGACCCGAGUCCAAUGUAUGAUCAAAGCAUUCCACUUAAGUACGGUCCAUAUUGGAACCAACUUAAGUUAAGCCUUGAGGUAAGGCUAAUAUUGUCUGCGGUUUGUUGAUAUUAUAAAGUAUAUCGAACGUCAAUAUUCUAUUCACUCUUUAGUAUUGCCAGCUCUGUUGUAAAACGUCGAAAACGUUAAAUUAUAAGGAAAAGAUUAUAAUUGAUAGUAUUUUAAUAAAGAAAUGGGUAAUUAAGUGAAAUGGCUUGCACUUACUCAUUCCCCAAUUUUUUUUUAUAUAGAACAGGGGGCAAACGGGCAGGAGGCUCACCUGAUGUUAAGUGAUACCGCCGCCCAUGGACACUCUCAAUGACAGAGGGCUCGCGAGUGCGUUGCCGGCCUUUUAAGAAUUAGUACACUCUUUUCUUGAAGGACCCUAAAUGUAACACAAAAUGUAGUUAAAAUAUAAUAAAUUAUAAUAUAAUAUGAAAGUUCGAGUUAGCCGAGCGCAAUUACGCAGCGUUACCCAUUUCUAUUAUGAUUAAUCUAAAAAUUGCAAUACCUUAAAUGCAUAAUAUUUUUGUCGAGAUACUUAUUAGGUUAGAAUAUUUACCUACCUCUAAUAAUUCAAGUUUUAUCUUAAACCCCAAAUGGGACCUACCAAAAAUCCUGACUGCGUAUUUGACACUUAGUUUUAAAUUACUCCCCUUUGGUGCAAAAUGUAAAUAUAGCAUAAAUAUAUAUUACUUUAACAUCACAAAUUAACUACGAUGGAUGUAAUCUCAGUUAAAAGAUAUUUUACCAUACAGUUAUCGUAACAUAUCGCUAGUCAUAAUAUUAUAUACAUAUAUAUAAAAGUUUGAAACAUUAUUCACCGUACCUGCCUGUGUUCAGGAAAAUAUAGUAUUAUUAUAACAAAUAAAAUGUAAUCAAUCAAUUGAAAUGCACUCUUCUGGAAUCUUGGAAUUUUAAUAUUAAAAUAUGUUGAUCUAUUAUGAUAUUUUAUUGUAAAAAGUCUGAUUGUAAAUAGAUUUACAAUAUAAUAAAUAACGUGAACAUCACAAACUAUUUUAAAUUUAGUAGUUGUUUAAGACGCCGUUCGCUUUUUGAAGAAUGCCAUUUCAUUUGCCCCAUUUUAAAAUAUGAACUGGGAUCCGGUGCACUCUUUAAAAAGCCAUGGCAUGGAAGCCAAAUAUCACAAUAUUAUAUUUAAGAAAUUGUAAAUAUGAUGCAAUGAUAUUUUGAUGUAGUAAUCUCAAAUAAUAAUUUAUGUGUUGUUAGUUACCUGUGGAAUCACAAUUUUAAUUAUAUUUAAUGUUUGGUGCCCCUAAUUGUAUUUUGCAACUAAAAUAUAUUAGUACAUAAUUAUAUUAAAUAAAACCGCACUUUAAAAUCUCUCCAUAGAAAGAAAAUUGCCAUACUUCAUCAUCAUUCCGAGUUUUAAGAAUGAAAAAUAGGUACUUAGUAAAAUGAUCAUUCCAUACACUUACACUUUAUAAAUCUACCUUAUAUACGACAGGACUUUAUUAAGUAACCUAUUUAGAUUAUAACUUUCUCAGAAAUAUAGAUAAAACCUACUCGAUACCCGCCUAAAAUUAUGCGAAAAAAAUAUAGAAACAGGUCUUCUAUAUACAAAAAUCCAUAAUGCCAGCCAAAUUAUAACCAUAACACAUUAAGAAAGCAGAAUAUGUAAUUUCUUUGAAUUAAAGAAACAGAAAGAUAAUUUAUUUUACUAAAAUGUGUAAUACUCCAUACUACCUAUUGAUAUGUGUAAAUAACUAUAAGUAAUGCAUUGUGAUUUUAUUAUCUAUGAAUUAAAUGGACCAUUAUAAUACAAA